AACAGUUCUCCAUCGGCUGUCUAUCCCAGUGUCAAAACAUAAGCAACGUAGUCAACGGUUCUUGCUCUGGGAUUGGGUGUUGCCAGUUAGAUGUUCCUCAAGGAUUGAAGAAUGUUUCUUUGAUAACAUAUAGCUUUAAAAACCACACACAAGUCUGGGAUUUCAAUCCAUGCAGUUUCGCCUUUGUUAUCCGAAAAGACAAGUUUGAUUUCUCCUCAGAUUAUCUUACCAGUCUACAAAGCAAUAAAACCCUUCCCAUGGUUCUUGAUUGGGCAAUUGGAGACGAGACGUGUAAAGUUGCUCAGAACAAAAAGAAUUACAUAUGUGGAGCGAAUACCCCAUGUAAUGAUCACAAUCCCAUCAACGGCCCUGGGUACCGUUGCGAGUGCAAGGAGGGUUACCUUGGGAAUCCGUACCUCAAAGAUGGUUGCCAAGAUAUUGACGAAUGUAAAGGGGCCAACAAUUGCACGGAAAAACAAAUUUGUGUUAAUAAACCCGGAUAUUAUGAAUGUUCGUGCAUCAAAGGAUACCAUAUGGAGAGCGUGCUAUGUGUCUCCGAUCAAUCAUCACUAGCUAUACACCUUGCAGUUGGUGAGUAUCUUUGCUAUAUAUCUGUAUAUUGCACCCUCAGUUUUCUGCUCACAUAUAGAGGAUUUUGUCCUGUAAAUAGUAUAUCGUAUUGGGAAGGUUGAAAAUUAGAACGAGUACCAUACUUCAUAUUCGUAAAAACAUUUUUCUGAGAUGACUUUUUUGGAUAUG